AUGUUAACUCAAUCACCUGUACAAGAAACUUCAUUAAAUUAUCAACAUGUAAAUUCAACAACAAAACGACAAUUGUCAUCAUUUCCAAUUUCAAAUCAACAAUCUUUACCAAUAACACAUCAAGAAGUUGCAGUUACAUCAAAUUUAAUAGAUAUACAACAACAAAAUCAAUCUAUACCAUCUAAAGAUCGUCCAUUAAGUGAUGCAGAUCUUACUUUGAAUAAAAUUAAAUCUCCUUCUGGAAUUCCUCGAUUGUUCUCUUUGAAUGAUUCGAUUGCUAACAGAUUAAAUAAUAAUAAUAAUAAUAAAAGUAGUAACAAUAAUAAUAAUUCAUCUCCAAAUAAUUCUCCAAAUGAACAAAAUGAUGAGAAUCACAUGUCAAAUGGUAAUGCUUGUAACACUAAUAAUACUACAACCAAUUAUACAAAUACGAAUACGAAUAAUAAUCAUAAUUCGAUAUAUUCAAACAAUAUCUCAACCGAUCAUGCGACAUUACAAUCAAAUUCAUCUUAUCCACAAAAAUCUUUACCAACAAAGUAUAAUACAUUAUCAUCACCAAAUGGUUCUGGUAAUCAACGUGUUAGCCGACCACGUACUAUUAAUACAAUACAACCAGGGAAUAGACAAGAUCGAACAAUGUCUGAACAUCCUCACAAAUCAGUGGAUACGGAAUCGGAUACAUCAAGUGUAUUCUCUAGCAGUGGCCCACCAAGACCAAUCUCUUCGAAAAUUGGGUCGUUUCAAAAUGCAAAACAUAAACCAGGAGGUGGAAAUGUACAAAUUUUCAAUGAAAAAGUAAUUGUGAAUACAGUUGCUGGAAAAUGUAAUUCAUUAGCUAAUGUCAAGCAUAAACCAGGUGGAGGAAAUCUACAAAUUAUUGAUCAAAAACUUGAUUUUUCAUCUAAUACACAAUCGAAAGUUCGAUCAUUUCAAAAUAUUAAACAUGUUCCUGGUGGAGGUGACAAAAAGAUACCUGUUGAAAAAUUAGAUUUUAAAGAGAAAGCAUCACCAAAAGUUGGAUCACUUGCCAAUGUGAAACAUAAUCCAACGGGUGGUGAUGUGAAAAUUUUCAAUGAACAUCUUCCAUGGUUAAAAUAUAAUAAACCAAAUUUACCAGAUUCAGAAAAAGAUCGAAUUAAUAAACGAUCUAAUAAUCAUAGUUUAAAUGGAACAAAUGUUAAUGAUCUAAUGAAUACAUCAAUGUUAUCAGGCAGUACAGGACAUUAA